AUGCUACUUAUGUACUUGUUAUGUUCACACGGAUAUAAACAAUGAAUACUGCUGUUUUAAAUACACGGAAUUGUUUACAUACAUGCGGAUGUGCCUGUAUCUACGUCAUAUCAACUUUACUACGAAUCCAUAUCGCAACAUAGAAAUGGGCACGACCAACAUUAUUUAAGUAAGGCAAAAAGCAAGAGUAAAUCAUUCAGUAACACACUGGUAUGAACCUAUCUUGUCGCAUUAUUGUAUUAAAAUUAUGAUAAAAUACGAAGGAUUACUGUGGACGUUGUUAUGCUGCAUUACGGUGUCGAAUGGAUUCGUGGUCGAUAACGAUUGUCAAACGUCCGACCCACACUUGCCUCCAAUAUCGCCGUGUAUUGAGAUUAUGGAGUGGUCCAUAAAGAGGAAUGAUACGACAGAUAUAUGCAGAAUGUACAGCGAGGCAAUCAACUGCAUCGCCAAGAGACCACAGUCCCAAGGGUGUUCCUUCCAGCAGAUCCUUACUCACUACGGAUCAUAUGUUGCAGCAGAGUUAAGCCUACCUCUGAACCAAUGCACUGUAAAAGAAGAACCCGUGAUAUGUAGUGACCCUACCAGACUGAGCGUAUUAGGCUUCAACGUUUGCUUGCCAGCUUGGGAGCCGUUUGAGGCCGCGUUCGGGUUUGAUGGAUGCACAUAUAUCACAUUCCUGCACGACUGUUUUGCGGAUCGAUCGGAAUCUAUUGGUCCGAAAUGUUCCAAGAGUGAAGUCACUGCCGCUGUUAUGUCAGAAGGGGCGUUAACUUGGCUGAACGCCAACUAUAAGUCGUUGGUUCCAAGAAUGAACAGCACGUGCGGUAUAUAAUGAUCGGCAUCACCUUAUAUGAACGAUUGAAUAUUUACGAUUACAAUAGGUUGUCACGAAUGAUACGAAAAACAAUUUUUAUCUUGUCCAAGAUGUGAAAGUUGUUAACUUACUUAAAUGGAAUGAACGUAUAUGUUUAACGAAAUCAAAUACAUAUUAAACAAG